UCUCUUAUUACAUGUCGUCUGAUGCCUAUAUUAUCGAUAUAUGUAGUCGGAUUAUACGUAAUUAGUAGCAAUAUGUAGUCGUUUAUGUGAUAUAUCAAACUAACAGAGAAAACUGCACUCGAAAGACACGAAAUUACCAAGGACAGAUAAGAAUGGAUCGACCAGUUUCGUCAUCGUCAGUAGCGGAGUCGUUUAUAAGUCUCACCUCAGUCAGUAUGCGCGUGUUUCCGUAGUAGCGAAUCAUUUCCAAAUGUGUCAACCUCACGAGAUUGCUACCUCGUACAAAUUCGCGGUGCAGCGAGUUUUCUCGCGUCACGUUCGAACAAACCGCGGUAACGUAGUCGACAUUUCGUCCUUUGAUCAGAAGAAGUGACGAUAAAAAAUGCGUGUUUUUUAUGGAAAACUCCGCGAAGUAUCGCAAAAAUAUCCGAUCGUACGGGGAAUGGCAUCUUAUACCGUCAUAUGGCCUACUGGAAGCUUGCUGCAACAAAAAAUCGCAGGAAACGAGGAAUUAAAUUAUAUUCAAGCUUUGAGGUUCAGCUUGUAUGGUGGUUUUUUUGUAGCUCCAACCCUCUACUGUUGGAUAAGAUGUUCCUCAUAUUUUUGGCCAAAAUCAGAUAUUAAAUCUGCUAUUACUAAAGCUUUAGUAGAACAAGUUACCUAUAGUCCUGCUGCAAUGUGUUGUUUCUUCUUUGGUAUAAACCUUUUAGAACUAAAACCUGUAUCAGAGUGUAUUCAAGAAGUUAAACAGAGGUUUUUGCCUACAUAUAAAGUUGGUGUUUGUGUAUGGCCCAUUUUACAAACUAUCAAUUUCUUCUUGGUACCAGAACACAACCGGGUAAUUUAUGUAAGUCUUUGUAGUUUAGUUUGGACAUCUUUCCUUGCAUAUAUGAAAGCAAUAGAGGGCCAGAAAUUACAGAAAGGUAUAGUAAGUAGUCACAUUAACAAUAUAAAAAAUACAAGUCGUAUUCCUGAAAAUAAGAAUACAGAAUCUGUUGUACAAAAAGAAGAUAAAAGUAAGAAGGAAUCUGCUAUACGAUAAUAAUUUUUAGGAAAUAGUUUUAGUUUAAUUAAAUAAUUUAUAUAAAUAAAUCUGUGAGAUAAAUUGAUUACAUUAAUAUAUAAUGUCCACAGAAAUACUUAUCAGUGGAGUACAAAAUGUUGUAAAAAAAGCAAGCAGAUAUCUGUUCAUGUGGUCAAUAAGUGUCUAUGUAUUGUAAUAGAUAGAUUUAAAAUAGUUAAAAAUAUAAAAUCAUGAAAGUAUA